AUUCAGUUAUGAGCAAUACCUCUCGUUUAUUGCUUCAGAAUCUCUCUUACUUACAACUGGCCCAGCAACAGCUAAUGAAGAUAGAGAAUAUUCAUACAAACAGCAAACCUGGAUUACUGGGUGAACCCCCGGCUAUGGUUCUUCAGACAGCGCUGGGAGCCGGGCCAGCACCGUCCCUGAAGUCAGAGUUGGGGCACCGAGGAGAAGAACAUAAAACAGGAGCAGGGAUCUUACCAUUCUUUCCAAAUCAGCACAUCGUUGGCCAAGGUGGGCCAGGGCCAAGUACUCCUCAGGACAAACCAUCAGCCACGUUGGGAUCACCAGAAGGAACCGUCUCAGGGCCGCAGACUUAUCUUCCAGGCUUUACAAAUCCUGCUGCUGGAGGUUUGGGGACGGCUCAGCCCAGGCAACAAAAUCAGCCCAAAAGCACCGAAGCAAGUUCAGGGACUGUCUCUAAAAAUCAGACUUCGCUUUUGGGGGAACCGCCAAAAGAAAUCCGGCUUAGUACCAACCCGUACUUGAACUUGGCCAGUGUAUUGCCUGGGGUCUGUUUACCAGCCCCAGUUGCAAGUAAGACCUUGAGUGCUCUACCCCAGACUGGAAUCACAAGCAACAUAGUGGAUGCCAUCUCUCAGGGAACCUCAUCACAACAUGCAUUGGAAAAUUACAUUAAUUAUUCUCAGCAAUUUGGUGAUUAUUCACAGGUAAACGGCAGGAACUGGUUUCCUGAUACUGGUGGAAUCUAGGCUACUAGAGCUGAC